AUGACCUCAAAAAUAAUCUACCACGAUCUGACAUCUCGAAAAUGGCCCGUCUCCUGGUCACCAUACACAGUCCGCACAACUCUAUCUCUAAAGCUCUUGGGACUCCCCUACGAACACCACGAAAUCUCUUAUCCAGAUAUCGCAGCGACCCUCACUUCUCUGGGAGUAGAGCCCGAGCCUGAAGACGUCGGCGAGGAGAUUCAAUAUACACUACCCGCCAUCACUAUCGGCAGCGAAACAAUCAUGGGCUCACGCGCCAUUGCUGAGAAACUUGCUUCGCUGACACCAGAAUACGAGAAGAAGUUGUUUCCUCAAGGCGGGCAAUCGAGAGAUGCAGUGGAGCGAUUUGAAAAGGAAGUGCUCCCUCAAGUCGCGAAACGUAUGGGUGGGAUGAGAAAGCAUAUCAUCCCAUUUGUACCUCUGUUUCUCGAUGACAAGGGUGCCGAGUAUUUCCUCAGAACUCGAGAGAAGGAACUAGGUAACCUCGGGGCUGCAAGAAAUGUGGCAUUGGAGGAGGAAAAGGAAAUAGGAUGGAAGGGGUUGGUCAAAGAGAGUGCAGCACCGAUUCUGGAGUUCUACAACAGUCUGGAUGGAAGCGCCAAGAAUGGCGUAUUUGCGUUUGGCGAGAGCGAUCCACAGUAUGUCGACAUCUGUGUUGUUGGAAUCUUGCAGUGGUGGAUCUGUGCCAGAGGAGCGAAAGAGGUAAUGGAGGGCUUGGAGGAAGCCGGAGAUGGAAGAUUGGCGAAAAUCGCUCAGCAUUGCGCCCGUCUGCAAGGAGUGGAGGAAGCCUUGGUCGGAGGACGCCAGUGA